UUUACAUAAUACCCGUGCGGUUCUCCUGGUAGCCUUUAGGCUCCAUGGUAAAUACUGACAGUGUGAGGAUACUUCAAUUCAAUCACAAUGUCCUUGUUCUGAACUACCCAUCCCUAAUGAUCAGUAACCAAGCUACAAAAGCAAUCGAUCAAACAACAUCGCGUCACUUCGUUGACCUGUAAUCCAACCUGAAAGGAUUUGUUGUGUAGUCUACCGAAGAAGCUCCGAAACUCAUAUGAAAAAUGGCCCUGACCGAUCCGUGCAAGUCUCGCGAACCAAGGGUCAUCGAUAAUGCGCUCAUACAGAAAUGUAUCGACUACCAAUACCCUAAGGGUGAGGUUGGUAGACUCAUGAGAGAAGAAGGCAUAGCAAUGGAGGAAAUCCAAGAAAUUCGGAUCGAAUAUAUGAAUAUCAUCAGAAUAGACCAUUUAUGGGUGAUGAAAUCUUUAACCAAACUACAACUUAACAACAACUAUAUAGAAAAAAUCGAAAAUAUUCACAUGCUAGUAAACCUCAAAGAACUCGAUCUAUCGUUCAACAGAGUGGCCAAAAUAGAAAACCUAGAAACUUUGGUCAAUUUAGAAAAGCUCUGUCUAUACGACAAUCUCAUAGAAGUGAUUGAAAACAUGGAUACGUUAAAGAAUCUGACGAUUUUGACUAUUGGAAAAAAUCUAAUUCGUGAGAGGGAAAAUGUAUUGUAUUUAAGAAAAUUCAAGAAACUCACAUCACUCAAUAUGGCCCAAAACCCUUGUGCCGAAGCAGCAGAUUUUAGAAUAUAUAUAGCAGUGUUUUUACCUAAAGUGGUUUAUUACGAAUAUAAAAGGUUAUUUGAAACUGAAAGAGAGGAAGGUGGACGGAAAUUCGAAACCGAAUUAAGGAAUCUGCUAAGAGACGAGGAAGAAAUCAGCGCAAAGAUAGCGCUGAUCGAGAAAGAAAAGGCCGACGCAGAGUUGCACUCAGUCAGCUUUGUCGAGUACCUUGACACUCGACAUCUGUUUGACAGCAUGUUUGCCGAAGAUGUGGAAGGUAGGGCUUUGAUGGAGAUCGGUGAAGACGUGCAAGAAUUCUACGAAGAAUUCGAGCAGCAAUUCAUAGAUCUGUGUAGACAAGUGUUUGAGUCCGGUCAGAAACAUUAUAAAAUCCGGAAGGCGGAGGUCGAAGUAUAUCAAAAAUCCGUCGAGGUAGCCAUAAAGGAAAACCAAAAUGAAAGCAUCGCACACAUGGACGUCUUUAUGCAAAAGAAAAAAGUAUUAUUCGAUCAAAUAAAGGCUUUAAAUGAGAAAGCUGAUAACGAUCUGAUAGACGAAUCUGAUUACUUCGACAAAACGGAUGAGAUCUCAGAGAAGUUCAACGAGAUUGUUCAUGAAGUAUGGAAAUGUUUGAUGAAAUUAGAACUGCAACUUUUUGAGCAACUGGAAGAAGUCAACUCAAACCUUGAGCGUGCUCUUACUGACAUGAUCAACACCUUCACCGAAGAAUGUCAAGCCUUGUUUAGCCAGAUCCGCGCACUUGAAGUCAUAUUUUCCGAGAAUCUGGGAGACGUAGGCGGAAGAUACAUGACCCAAGCUGUCAUCGCGGAUUACAGGGGUAUGCCUCCUUCUCUAAAGAACAUCAUUUCCGACAGAGAGGCACUCACCAAUGCAAUCGGAGCGUCUCACGACUUGCAUCUCCAGGUUAUUGAUAAUAGAGAAGACACCCUGAAUAGCAGAGCAAAAGGGUGGCUAACCAAUUUCGUGGAAACUUUGAACAAAGAUGAAAUAACCCGGAACAGGCAGAAAAUAUUGGAAAUCAAUCAUUUUCUGGACAUACAAAGAGAGGAAUUGGAAGAAUUGAUAUUGAAGCCAAUCGUAGCAGUUGAUAUGGAAGACAUAGAGGAUUUUUAUUGAUUGGCACUCAAUUAGUCUUGCAGAAAAAUUCUGGACGACAACAGGCAAUCUUUUAUGUAGUUUUAUAUAUAAUAUAUGAAGAUUCUAAUAAAGCAUUUUAAACAAGUUA